AUGACAGAGGUGAAGACAGUUGGGCUCAUCUCCAUCUGCUUUUCACUGCUUCACGGUUUUGUUGCAGCUUUGAACUGCACCAGCCCAACUCCUGCAGCCUUGUUUGAUGCACUUGAAAAGGACUUAUUUUCUAAAAAACUAAUAAAACCUGUAAAAAGUUUUUCCGAUACAUUGAACGUAUCUAUCGAAGUGACUUUAGAGGGAAUUCUAGGAGUGAAUGAAAAAUCCCAGUCCUUGACAACAUUCCUAUGGCAAGUCCUGGAGUGGGAUAUAGCAGGUCUGAGCUGGGAUGAGAAGGAAUGUGGAGCUACAAGAAUCUCUGUCCCUCGAGAAAAGCUUUGGAUCCCAGACAUCAUCAUCUCAGAGCUCAUUGAUGAGGACAAAUCUCCCCAAACUCCCUACGUCUAUUUAUACAAUACGGGUCGUGUCUAUGAUGAUAGGCCGCUAACAGCGGUCAGCUUUUGCCAAUUAGUAAUCUACACUUUCCCCUUCGACAUACAAAACUGCUCGCUGACCUUUGGACCAUUUUUACACUUUGCUGAAGACAUAAAGAUGAUUGAAAAGCUCACAGCUGCAGAGAUCCUUGAGGAGUCCAGACAAGUGAUGCAGACCAGAGGAGAGUGGGAGCUAGUAGAUAUCGAACAAGCUCAAACUACCCUUGAAAUCACUGCUGGAAGUUACUCUGAGAUCAAAUAUUAUAUCAUUUUGAGACGUAGGCCACUCCUCUAUGUGAUAAACCUCCUGUUGCCCAGCUCCUUCCUCAUCACAGUGGACCUCUUCAGCUUCCUGCUGCCUCCCGAAAAUGUGGACCGGUCCUCCUUUAAGAUAACCCUCAUCCUGGGCUACACUGUUUUCCUGCUCAUCAUGAAUGACUUGCUGCCUGUCACUGGAAAUACAACACCUCUAAUGAAUGUUUUAUUCUUAGUCAGUCUGGCUCUGAUGGUGGCCAGCCUGUUGGAGACAGUGUUUAUCACCAAGAUCCAGUUCAGCUCCAGCAAGUACAGAAAGGUGCCUCACUGGCUCAGUGCCCUUGUGCUACGAUAUCUUGCUGUUGUUGUUUGUCUCCCUCCAAAAAAGAAGAGCAACCGCGUCACAGUCUCCCUUCGCCAACCUGCUACAGCAAUGAAUACUAGCAUCAUCUCCUCAAGCGAUUUUCAGAGCAUGCCUGGUCUGCUAGUGAACCCCCCUCCAGAUCCCAUCCUGGAGGAACUGAGGAGGCUGAGCAGAGAUCUCAGGGCCAUCCGCUUUCAGAUGGACAAACACUACCAGGAGAACAGUACAUUACAGGAAUGGCAAAUGAUCGCAUUAAUCAUUGACCGUCUGCUGUUUGGUUUGUACAUUGUCUUCAUCAUGGUCUGCUUUAUCACCAUCUUAGCCAUCUGGAUAAAGAGUAACGCAUAUGUAGGUUGAUUUAAUGGAGUGUUUAAUUACACAGUUGUGCUGAUUAUCACCAAAAGUUUGAAAGGUUGGCAACUUACAGUUAGAAAGACAAAAUAAAAUAAAUAAUAACAUGUAGUAUUCCUUGUUUUUCUCAGUAAUUCUAAAACAAGUUCAAUCUACUCUUAACACAUUUAUGUUCAUCAAGUCAGUGUGUUUAUGUAUUUAUUUGUCUGCUGUACUGGCACUAUCAGUCCUGGUUUUGGAACCCUGCUAUUAUUAUUAUUAUUCAUCCAAAAUGCCCAGAGACAGAGGACUACUUUUUUUUUAUUGUUGUUCUGGAUGUGAUAGAGCUGUGGGAUGUUUGGGAUACUCGUCAGUAAUCACAUACCAGUUUAUGGUUUAAAUCAGGGAUGUUCAACAUUUUACAGGCCAAAGACCCUGAUAAGCUGAAAGAGAAAUGGAGCAUGGGCUUUAUAUGUUGUAUAAAGUUGCACUGCAUAUUAAACCAGCCAGAUGGAGGUUGUCAGGCAGAGGGCCAUAUCAGCCUCAGGCGGCAGUCUUGACUUGUAUUUGCUUUUCAAACAGGUGAGGGAGGAAACUCCACUGUCAUAGUGAUUAAGGUGUUGUAAAAUGCAUGUAAAAAGUAUAUGAACCAUGAAAUAUGGGGAAAAUACCAUCUCACAGUGUUUGUCUGCUAUUGUUUCUUUAUAUUACUCCAU